AAAAUGCCGUAACCCAACUGCCCGGAGGGGAAACGGCGGAGCGGGAGGGUGCGAAGGUAGAGGAGGGGCAGCUUUCUUAAGGUGGAAUGAGACGGACACGGAUGCGCCGGGGACGCAGAUGCACCGGGCACCGCGCCAGCCCCCAGCACCGAAAUGGGAGCCGCAGGUUGCACGGGGAGCACCGGAGGAGCCCGGCCCCAUGCCGGCCCCCGGCACUGGGGCAUCACCCCCGUGCAGCUCCGCGAGCACCCAUUGCAACGUGAAGUCCAAACCCCGGCAGCACCAUGCUUUCGGGGCCGGCUGGGACGGCUCUCACACCCCAGGGCAAGAAUAACGGGAGAAAAACUCCCCCGUGGGCCGCGGCACCCGCUCUGCUUGUGCCGGGGGCAGAGCCGGCCUCGGUGGCCUCGACGCUGCACUGCUGAGCUGUGCUUAGCCCCGUUUUACCUCUUUUUCUUUCUCCUUUCACCCAUGCUCUGGUCUUUCCCGCGGGAAGCCGGGGUGCUCCGCUCCGGCUGCGGAGCAGCGCUGGGGGCUCGGCCCCGGCACGGGUGGCGCAAGCAGAGGUGCAACUGCGGCGGGAGGAGGAAAGCAGCUCCGGACCCGGCGGCCCGUUUCGGAUCGCAUCGACAGCCGGAGUCGGGAGCCCUGCGUCCAGGCCCCGGCCGCUUCCCGCGGCGUGGGAGAGAGCCGGGACUCGGCUCCGAGGAACAAAGAGCCCUUUGCAGGCGGGACGUGCCGAGGAGGAGGGAGGCAGCCGGAGCCCGGCUCUGCCAUCCCCGGCCCCGCGGGACCCCGCACGGCCCCGGAGCCCUCUGCAGCACCCGUGCAGCUCGACCCGGCCACGGGAAGCCGAGCGGAGGAAGGGUCGAGGGUUCCCAGGCUGCAGGGCCAGCGGCCCGGAUGCAUCCCACGCCUCCCACGCGUCUCCUGAGCCCCUUCACACCCGUCCCGGGGGGGUUGCAGAGCGCAAGCGCAUCGGGAGCUGGGAGAGCAGAGGGACGGGGCGAGGGAUGGUUCCCGGGGGCCGUCUCCGCCGGGCCCCGUGCCGCCCGCGAGCCCGGAGCCACCGCGCACGGCUUUUCCAUGACGUCGGCGCGGGCCCGGCACCGCUCCCCUCGCUCGCCCCAUCGUGCAGAGGCGCCUGCGGCUUCGGUAGCUGCUUCCUGCCCUUCCGCAAGCAGCGGGGUGAGAUCGCAGGGUCCCUGCGGCGCUGCCGCCCGCCCGCCCGUCCCGGGCACCGCUCGCUGCCCCGGCUCCGCCAUGGACUUCAAGGUGCCCGUAGCGCUGGGCGGAGGUGACCCCAUGGACGACGACCGUCCCCUCUUCAGCACCUUCAAACCCGUCAGCGAGGACAAGGCUUCCCGCGGGGUCCCGGCCGAGCCCUGGAGAGCGGAGGCGCCCCUGGGAUGCCAGGACACCAGUGGCAGGGUAGGAGGAUGGCGAGCGAGGGGUCCGUCCCCCAGCUCCAUCCUUACCCCGAAAUCAUCAGGGGAGAAAGAGCCCCCCCAGGGGCCAGGCUCAGCCCCCCCGGCUGCAAAGGGGGUCUGGUACCCCACGCAGGGAGUGCAGCAUCCUCAGGGAGCAUCCCCAGGGCACCAAGCAUCCCCGAGGUGCAUCCCUGGACCGCCGAGCAUCCUUGGGGAGCAUCCCUGGGGUACCAAGCACCCUCGGGGAGCAUCCCUGGACCACCAAGCAUCCUCAGGGUGCCGAGCAUCCUUGGGGAGUAUCCCUGGACCGCCGAGCAUCCCUGGGGUGCAUCUCUGGGAUGCUGGAUGAGCAUCCUCAGGGAGCAUCCCUAGGGCACCGAGCAUCCCGGCACCGCGGCCCCCAGCCGCUCUCCACUUCCUCGCAGCUCUCCCCGGGCUCCUGCCCGGCACCGUGGGACCUGGCGGCCCUGCGGGCCCAGACCAGGCUGUGGUUCGAGCAGACGCAGGCCAGGAGGCUGCGGGCGGGGGGGGAGCUCCCGGCCUGGUUCCACGGCUUCGUCAGCCGGAGGGAGACGGAGCAGCUGCUGCAGGACCAGCCGCCGGGCUGCUUCCUCGUCCGCUUCAGCGAGAGCACCGUGGGCUUCGUGCUGUCGUACAGGGGCAGGGACCGCUGCCGGCACUUCAUCCUGGAGCAGCUGGCGGACGGGCGCUACGCCAUCCUGGGCGAGCCCAGCGCCCACGCCGAGCUGGCGGACCUGCUGCGGCACUACGCGGCGGCGCCCGUGACGCCCUACCACGAGGUCCUGACGGUGCCGCGGGGCCGGGCUCCCGGCGUCCCGGCUAACGUUGGCUCCCCGGGGCCGAGCAGUCCCACGGGGGACAGAGCUGCCGCCCCCGAGCAAGCCUACGCCCGGGUGCGCAGAGACCCCGUCCCCGCCGCGCCGCCCCGGCCACCCGACGCCAAGUACCAGCAGCUCAUGUGCUUCCACACCUACACCGAGCCCCGCGAGGCCGCCACACCGUCGGGGCCCCGCGUCUGCCGCGAGCCGGACGAGCACAUCCCCUUCUACGCCAUGGGAUGGGGCUCGGCCCCCAGCGCCGGCCCCGAGGAGAACGUCUACUCCGAGGUGGCACUGGCCCGGCAGGAGCUGCCCCGGCCGCUGCCGCAGGGCGCCGGCUCCACGCUGCCCCCCAAAGCGCGGCCCCCCGCGGAGCCGACCCACCGCCGGCUCUUCCGCAGCAAGUCCAGCCAGGCCUCCAAGAGGAGGAAGCCCCCGGCGGCUCCCGCAACGGAGAGCAGACCCCCCGGCCCCGCCACGGAGGCCACCACGAGCCCCUCACUGGAGUUCGACGAUCCGGUUUACGGCAGAAGGACCAUCACCCCAAAGAGAGCAGCAGCUGCUGCAGGACAGGAGGCUCUGGAGAACAUUUACGAGCAGGUUUCUGGAGACCGGCUCUAAGCCGCCCGGCUCAGGAUUCACAUAACCAAGCCAAGGUCAGGAAACAAGAGUUUGCUGCUGAACAAGUUCUGGAGCUUCUGAUCUACCGGGGAGAGCAGAACCUCUUUUCCUAAGCCAACGAAUCUGCAUCAAGAGCUACAGCAGACAAAAGCCCUCACUGUGCUGCUGUUCCAGGGAGCUACACCCUCUCGCCUCUGCUGAAAGUGGCCGUGGCCUGAAUUCUGGUUCACCCUUCUCCCCAGUUCCAGAGGCAGCAGAGCCUUCUGGCAAGAGGACAACAAAUCCAACAGCAAUUUAAAAAACACAGUUGAACCCAGUUUGCUACCUCUCUCUCCCUGCUGGCCACUACAGCGGCGACGUUGUCAGUGAUUUUUUCCCCCCCUCAUCCAUCUCCAUUCAUAUGAUCCAGAUCUUCAGACGCUCAGCAACUGCUGCUGCUAAGAUCUGUUUCCUUUUCAGGCCCAUGAUAUCACCACCUACUCAGUGGGGUCAACCCUGGCUGGCAUCAUCCUCACAGCAAUCGGCCACAGAAGCUGCUGAUCGCGGUGCCGUUGCCUGUUCUGGUAAGAGGAUGCUGAACACGACGAGUUACCAGGGCCACACACAUCGGUGCAGGACAAUGCAGGCAAGAACUGGCUUUUAAAACGGACAAAUACACAGCGGUGACAACAACCCAGAGGCCUAAGACCUUCUGCUGCUCAGGUUCACACCACAGAUUGAUUUUACUUUGCAAACUCCCUUGGAGAAGCAUUUUGUCACCAUCUGUGCAACACAGUCCACGCUAUGCAUCAACCAAGGCAGUCGCCUCUGAAACGCUGGCAGCCUUCAAGGUGCUUCAGUAUUCCCGGAAAGGAGAACUAAGGAGAAGCAAAACCAGUGCCUCAAGCAAAGAGUUGAGACAAGCACCUCUGAUGAAAACAGGUGAUGUUCGGUUCAUUUAAAAGUUUAUUCCUUUAUCAAAUCUCUUUUCAGAGGAUUUCACUGUACAUAUAAGAUAUGAAUAAAUUACUCAACAGUAA